UACUACAUCCGGUUUGUCAUUCGGUGUCAUGGCUGACGUGUGCUGAGGGAAUGUUUACUGUGUUGUAACAGUCGUAUGUACAUUGCUUAGGUCCAGCACAAUGUCUUGCCAGUUGACAGUUUUAUCAAGAUUUCAUGACAUUGUAGCCGUAAGACGUUUUUUAUUUCCUCAUCUUAAAGACAGCUCUCCGUUACCUUCUGGUGCAAGUGAUGCAGAGGGUGAAGAUGAGUGGGCACAAGACUGGGGCUGGGGUUCAGAUAACCCAGGCCCCAAUAUUCAGAGUAACAAUGCCAGUGUAGAGGUGGUGGAUGAAGGUGUUCAUAAGUGGUUACAGAGUAGCAUUCUCUCCCUUUCUCCAAACAAUGACAUAAUUGCCAUUGCUAAUGAAGAUCGUAUUUGUGUUCUCACACAAAAAUGGGAUCCCCAAAAUAAAGGGGAGGAACUAGAUACACUUCUGACAACAGUGUGGCAAGGCAAUGUCAGACAAGAAGAUGGAGAGUCUAUUACAGAUGUUAUGUGUCUCCCGCUAGCUUCCCACAAAAGAAGUACGCAGGGAGCUCCAGACUGGACAUGUGUCAUUAUUGGGAUGUCAUCAGGAUAUGUCAGGAUGUACACUGAGACAGGUGUGUUGCUGCUGUCACAGCUGUUGCACAUAGAACCAGUACAAAAACUGAAGUGCCGUACAUAUGAACCACCACGUUUUCUAGGCAUGGCAGAAAAGCAUGAAGAGUUGAUUAUUCUCUACAAGAAAGCAGUGGUGUCCAUCGAUGGCUUUAGUCUCAUUCAGUCUCUGAGGGCAUGCCGGAACCAGGUGGCCAGAGCUACAGCCAGCGGAUCUGAAAGCUUUGUUCAACCACCUCCCUUGGCCUACAAGAAAUGGGCACUUAAUGACCAGGAAACAAUCACAGAUCUCGUCACUUGUGGUGUAGUGAGCUCCAAUCCCUUUGACCAGAUGAAGAAUGCUUCCAUGCAAGGAGGAUUUAACACCAUUGUAAAGACAUCGCCUCCUGCAGCCACAGUCUUCCUAACAUCUGGCAUGGGGCCAUAUGUUGGAUUUUUUUAUGCUGUUGAGGGAACAAUGCAGCCAAUUCUGUCAGAGGUUGCCAUGGCAAUGGCACACAAGAUUAAGUCGGCACUUAUGUCUGCUGCUAGUGGAUGGCUGGGGUUUGGUGGAUGGCAGAAAGAAGAUGCAAAAGAAAAACCACCAAAGAUUGAGCCAGCUGCACCUCUUCCAUUACGCUUUGGGUUGCCAGACAAACGAAGAAUGGGACACAGCAUAGUGCUGUCCCCUUGUAAUACGUAUAUGGCAACCACCGACAGCUUCGGUCGCGUUAUCCUUGUUGACAUUCAGCAUGGUAUUGCUGUGCGGAUGUGGAAAGGAUACCGGGAUGCUCAGAUAGGCUGGGUUCAAAUCAAAGAAGAUGGUGGUAAGGGAGACCACUCUCGAGUGGCACAGUUUCUCAUUAUUUAUGCACCACGGCGUGGUAUUCUGGAAGUGUGGACUGCUGUCCAUGGCCCUCGUGUGGCAGCGUUCAAUGUCAGCAAGCACUGUGUCCUGGUCUGUCCUUCCCAUGGCAUGAUGGGAUUGAACAAUGUCACAUAUCAUACAGUCAAGCCUCAGAUGUUCCACUGUGCUCUGGUGGAUCCCGAAGGCUGCAUUAAGACUUUAGACAUACCUUUCCAUCUUGCUCUCAGUGAUAAGAGCAGCAAGAGAGCACGAGACUUGCACUUACUGAAGAAACUUAAAUCCAUCUUGAAGGAAGCCAACUGUGAAACAGAAAAUCUGAAAGCUGCUGUUAGAGAGACCUUCUUGGACAUCAGAAUAGCCAGUAUCAGCCAUCAGGCCCUCGAGAAGAUUCUGAGCACUCGCUACUUGUCUGUCAGCUUCAUGCAAGAGAUUGUGCAGGCUGUUACUGCCCGACUGGCAGCAAGAGGUGAGGAAAGCCUAGACAUUGACAGUCGCAUGCUUUUGCGAUUUGCCAGCACCCAGGCAGCGCUGUUGGAUAUGUAUGCAUCCAUUGUGAUGCUCUCAUCCCAGGGUGUUGCCCAACAAGCAGAAAUAUUCGAUGCAGAGACAUUGGAAGAGGUACUUGAUCUUCAAGAGAAAGAAGCAGCCAAUGUUGCUACAAGGGUGAAAGAAUUUGAAACGGCACGGAUCAGCUGUGGUUUGCGUGUAAGGUUUACACAUACACAGCUGCCGCCAACCUCUUUCUUGCACUGUUUCUCAAGUAGGGCUCAUGCCAGUGACACUGACAAGACUAUCACAACCAUCUCUAUCAGCAAAGAGGUCUCGGAAGAACGCAGGCAAGCUUUAGCACAUCUGCUGUUCUAUGGAUGUUUGAAGGGGGCCUGCAGCGCUCAAGAUAUUGGUCUUGUGCUUCAGCAGAGCAGUCUUGCACCAGAACAGUUGCUAAACCUGCUGUUGCUUCACUGGCUUUCUAGUGAUGAACAUUCACUGUCUGCGCUGCCCUGUCUUCGUGCCCUAGUCAGCUCUAUUACUGCAAUGACAGACAUGAUGGAAGUGCUGGUAGACCAUAACACUGUAUCUCCAUGGUGGCAGCGUGUGCGUGAUGCUUGCAGUCAGUGUGAGAACAGCUGCCCUGCAUACCUUGCCGCACUCACUUGUCGUAAGGUUGCAGCUAAUCUCAUUGGUCGUCAGACACAAGCAAAAGACCCUGAUGCUGAUGUUUCAUCAGACAAAGAAGAGGAGGAGCAAGGUGUGAAAGAUAUGAAUACCUCGGCUGAAAGCUGGGAGUCACUGGCUGUAGAUCUAGAGUUAUGGGACCUUUUAGUGUUGCAGCUAGAAGACACACUUGCUCUCAACACCAUGCUUCACAUGAACAUUCCAGCAAGUGAGAAGGAUGGUGACAUUGGAGGCAUGCCAGCUGAUCCAAUCAAACUUUCUGUUUCAAAACUCCUAGAAGGAGGAAGAGGGUCCAUAUCUGAGCUAGUUGCUCGCUUUGUGGCCAGCCAGAACCUUGGCCCUCACGCCCUCUACAACUUCCGUCGACAAGUCAGUGGGGAAAGUCAUGUUCUGCAAAGCCAUGGUGUGGAAGAAGACCUAGAAGACAAUGCAGCAGAGAAAAUGACUUCUCUCAAAAGAUUUAAGAGUCAUCUGGAUGCACUACGCUUACGUUUUCCCCAUAGCCUUGAAAAUGACAUCCUCAUUACAAACUGCUGCUGGGAGUAUGUUGUGCUAUGGAACAAAGAUCCAGAUGUUGUGAAACACCUGCAGAUGUCUGUGGAAUAUCUCAAACUUGUUCAGAAUGCUGUACUUCGGCAAGGAGUGUCCAGUAUGCUGUGGCACAUGUUUAUUCUCAAAAGAAUGUCGGCCAUUGCUAAUUUGAUGGAAAAGGUGGGCAAGUCGCCAAAGGACAGACUGUGUAGAAAAGAAGCAGGAAUGAGUGAACAGACCAUGGAGACUUUUGUGGGCAUCGUCGUGGAGCUUUUGGAUGUCAUCAUGGAUGUUGUCGGAAAUCAGGCCAACUGCGAAGCCAAUGAGGUACCAGUUUUCAACAUAGAAACCAUCUGGCAAGGAGCCCAUGGCCCUGCGUCCUUAGCUGAGCUUGCUGUGGAUGCCAAGCCUACGAACUAUGGCUUGGUCCGCCUGCACUGGCACCUUGCUACGCUCAUGCAUGCCAUCCUGAUAUUUAAAAUGAAAAGUGUGAAGGUUUUGUCCCUUUUUGACAGAAAGGGCCAUGCUGCUUUAUUCAAGGACUUGCACUCUCAUCCACUUUUACCUAAUCAGAAGGUGGAAGAGUCACUUGCUCUUGCCCGUAGAACAGUUUUAGCAGAGAUCAUCACAUAUGCUGUCAGUACACUGGAUCCUCCUCAGCCUUCAGUGGUAGAACCCUCUCUGGCCUCUUCACCACCAUCCAGGCGACAAAGGGCACAGCACCCAUUAGCAUUCCGCUGGCCACAGAUAGUGCUAACAUUAGCACGGGACUUUGGGCUUGACAUGGACUUCAUGAAGCGGCAGCAUGUGUGUGAACUGUAUUCUCAGGGUCAUGACAAACUUGCAGAGGAGGUACUGACCACAGUCAAUGAACAUGACCUAAUGGGAUCCCAGCUUUUGGUGUUGGCAGGACGCCGCCUGGCAUAUCGCUUGAUCUAUGAAAACCCGCGAGCCACACUUCACCUGUUCUCCAUCAUCACCCCAAACAUUUCUAGCUGGCUACGAUCACUAGAUGUGGAUCAGCUAGCAUAUAAAGAUGCCCCAGUCACUGACACAGCUGUCCUCAUCAACCGAGCAGCUAGCAAACUGGCUGAGGGAUCUGUGGAGCACGAUCGUGCCCUUGGCUUGAUUGACCUGGUUGAGGCUAUGUCCUGAAGAGGCCUAACAAUGGACAGUUGCAUGAAGAGCUUGCACCAUGAUGACACACUGGCUUGUCAGGAGAGACUAUAGGAAUGUUCACAGCUCGUUCCAGGAGGGCUAACUCUGUAAAGUUGAGAUGAACUUGCCUGAUGGUAGUUAUUGUUCUGGGGUGCAAUUGUGGUUUGUGCAGAUGAUAUUCGAUUUGUUGCCUGUUUAUCAUACCAGCUUCAGUUUACAGCAGAGGUCAUGGCCUAUGGAGGUGUUUGUGCUGCACUUUCAAAAAUAUUGGGCAUAGUUAGCAGUAUUUAAUGAGGUUUAUACUGGGCAUAGUUAGCAGUAUUUAAUGAGGUUUAAAACUGCUAGUUGAGAAAUGUGCUAAAAGCAGGCAUCAAGAGAGAAUAGACAUUUAAAACAGGCAUCGGUGUACCUUACUUGUGAUGAUUUUUCCUCUCUGCCUUCAGUGGCAGUCAUUUUAAGUCACUUCCUAUUGCUUUUUUAUUCCAUGAAAAGUAGCUGUUCAACAACCUAUUGUUGCAUACUUACAAACAGGCCAUUGUCAAUUUUAGAAUCACUUGAUGUUGUCUUUGUUUCAAAAUAACUUUUUAUGUUUUUACCACAUCUUAGAUUCGAUCAACUGAGAUUUUUGAAAUAGUUGGAUAUAAAACAGUUGGCCGACAGAAAAAGCCGUAAAACUUUUAAAAUCAUUUAAUGAAGUAUGGUUUGCAUUUUAAACCUUGUUUUAUUUUUGUGUCACCUGAUGUUGUUUCAAACAGAUGUUGAAGAUGUUUGGUGAGAAGGUGACUUUUUUUUUCCUUUUAAUGCCAUAUGUCUACCACAAAGCGAGUCAGAAUGAGUGUGUGGUGGGUAUGAGUGUGUGCUGAAUGAGUAUGGGAAACUUGCUAAAAGAAAUCAAUUUACAGGAUCUCCUUGUGUACUUGCAUUAAAGCCCACAGCCUUUGUGACAGUUGCCACAAAUGUUGAAGUGUCGAUGUGAAAACCA